AUUGUUUCAAUUAAAUAAAUAAUUAAUUAAUGGUCAGCAAAAAAUCAACACACGCCACCAGUAUUCCGCUGGCGCUCGACUAUUUAACCGUAUAUUUAUACUGUAUCUUGUUUUUCUAAAAAACAGUUAUCAUUUCGCUCUAUGUUCAGGACUAACGGUACUACGCAUACAAACAGCGAGGCGAGAGAAAGCGUUGAGGAUUUCGAGUCAGUGAAAGCCGGGGUAGCGUCCGCGUCGCAUCGCAGCCACGGACAUAACCUCAAACAUGGUUCUGUACAUCGUCACCGCGGCUCUCGGCGUCGCAGCCGCCGUUUACUGGUACGUAAACAGACACAAGCCGAUGAAAUAUAUCCUGAGCGAGCUGCGAUACACGCUCGACAUGCAGGGAGCGGGCGCGGGAGGGCUAAUCGACGACUGGGUCAGCGUAUGGAACAACAAAGUAACUUUGCCAGACGCAAACAACAAAAUUGCCGUUAUUACGGGAGGCGCCCGAGGCAUCGGGACCGAAGUCGUCAGGGGAAUGCUCAAAGCGAAUAUGGUCGUAAUAAUGGGCGUGCGAAAUCCGGACGCUGCGAAAAAACUCGCAAAGACAAUGGAUAACGGGGAAAAGUUACACGCCUUCCGACUCGAUCUGCAAUCGUUGAAGUCUGUUAAAGAAUUCGCUGAGAACGUUAAAAAGGAAUUUCCUGCAAUACACUUGUUGGUGAACAAUGCUGGGAUAAUGUUUGGCGACUAUAAAUUGACUGAAGACGGAAUUGAAACACAAUUGGCCGUAAAUCAUUUGAGCCAUUUUUAUUUGAGUCAUUUGUUAUUGCCAGCACUUAAACAAGGUGGUACAUUGGACGAUCCAGCGAGAAUUGUAAAUGUAUCAUCAUGUGGACAUUUUCCCGGCAAAAUAUAUUUUGAUGACAUCAAUAUGAAAGAACAUUAUGAUACCACAGCUGCUUAUGCUCAAUCUAAAUUGGCACAGAUCAUGACAGCGAGGUACAUGAAUUCCAUGUUCACUGACAAAGACAUUCCCAUAAGAUGCUACUCUGUUCACCCAGGGAUUGUGGACACAGAUCUAUUUGAACAUGCAAGCUUCGGAAAACUACCCUGGGCUCGAAAGUUAUUCUUCAAAACACCAGAGAAAGGCGCCGUCUCAAUACUUUAUGCGUGUUUCAACAAAGAUAUUUUGAAUAAAGGUGGAUUAUAUAUAAGUAAUUGUAAAGAAGGCUUCAGUAAUAGAUUCUCUAAAAAUGAGAAACAUCAGCAGAAACUAUUUGAACUGUCUUGCAAUCUAGUUGGCAUUGACGUUGAAAAGUUUGCCAGAAGUUAGACUUUUUAUACAAUGUAAUGUAUGUAUUUUACUACUUUUACAAAGAAAAUGCAUUUAUUAUUAUAGGGCAAAUAUUGUAACCACAUUUGUAU